UAUUGCUGACACAGAUCGAAAAUUUUAUGCCACUUGCCUCUUGCCCUCCACUCUGCAUAUUAUCCAAAAAUAAAAUAAUGGCGAAUUGCAUGACGAUACCGCCCUCGAUGCUCAAUCUGGUAAGAACUAUCGUUAUGCCAAUGCCAGCAGCUGCAGGGGCAGUAGGUUCAGGGACCAGGCGUUUCUUCAAACCCCUGUAUUGUGCACCUCACCAGCAACUGCAACCAGAGGUUGAUGGAGGGAUCAUGUGUGAACCUUGCAAUGGUAAAGGAUGGUUGCUCUGUGAUUUCUGUAAAGGACAAAAAACCAAUGUCAAAGCCGAUAACAAGCGGAUCUACCGUCGAUGCCCAUCUUGUAGAGCUAUUGGUUAUCUUCUGUGUUCAAAAUGCAAAGUCUUCAAGUGUGUCACCUUCCCAAACAGUAGUGACGGUGAAGAGUUGACCUUCUGAGCACACCUUGCUGGUUUAUUCAUCAAAGAUUCAACUAGUGUGCUUGUGGAGUUGUUCUUGGAGGAGUUUGAUGUCAGUUUUCUUCUUGUCCUCCUUUGUAUUUUUCUUAAACUCUCAAGAAGAAACGAGGCAUCUACUAAUGUCUAAUGUGCAUAUCAUGAGCUGUGAAAUUUGUUGGAUGGGUGACUGUUGACUUGCUGUAUAUCAUUGUUGAUAAAAAUGAAGUGAGUACAAUAAAAGAGUCAAUUUGGUUCUUCCUUGCAA